AUGGCGAAGGAGGCCGAGUCGCCGCCGUCCGCCACCGUAGCGGAGGCGACGGCGCCGCCGCAGCUCGUAUUAUUCAACUCCCUGACGAAGAGGGAGGAGCCCUUCCAGCCCCGAGUGGAGGGGAAGGUGGGGAUGUACGUCUGUGGCGUCACUCCCUACGACUUUAGCCACAUCGGCCACGCGCGUGCCUACGUCGCCUUCGACGUCCUCUACAGGUACCUUAAAUUCUUGGGGUAUGAAGUUGAAUAUGUCCGUAAUUUCACGGAUAUCGAUGACAAGAUUAUUAAGCGUGCAAAUGAACGCGGUGAAACAGUUACAAGUUUGAGUAGCCGGUUUAUCAAUGAAUUUCUUCUUGAUAUGACUGAGCUCCAGUGCUUGCCUCCUACCUGCGAGCCACGGGUAACAGAGCACAUUGAGCAUAUUAUAGAGUUGAUAACAAAGAUAAUGGAGAAUGGGAAAGCCUAUGCUAUGGAAGGAGAUGUGUACUUUUCAGUCGACAGCUUUCCUGAAUAUCUCAGUUUAUCUGGAAGGAAAUUUGAUCAAAAUCAGGCAGGUGCACGGGUUGCUUUUGAUACGAGAAAGCGUAAUCCUGCAGACUUUGCACUCUGGAAGGCUGCAAAGGAGGGUGAGCCUUUUUGGGAUAGCCCUUGGGGCCGUGGAAGACCAGGAUGGCACAUUGAAUGCAGUGCAAUGAGUGCUCACUAUUUAGGACGUGUAUUUGAUAUUCAUGGUGGGGGGAAAGAUUUGAUUUUUCCUCAUCAUGAGAAUGAGCUUGCCCAAAGCCGAGCGGCUUAUCCUGUGAGCGAGGUCAAGUGCUGGAUGCACAACGGCUUCGUUAACAAAGAUGAUAAAAAAAUGGCAAAAUCAGAUAAUAACUUUUUCACGAUUAGAGAUAUCAUUGCUCUUUACCAUCCAAUGGCUUUAAGAUUUUUCUUGAUGCGCACGCAUUAUAGAUCAGAUGUGAACCACUCUGAUCAAGCACUUGAGAUUGCAUCUGAUCGUGUCUACUACAUUUAUCAGACUCUAUAUGACUGUGAGGAAGUGCUAGCUACAUAUCGUGAAGAGGGUAUUGCUGUCCCAGUGCCAUCUGAGGAGCAAAAUCUGAUUGAUAAGCAUCAUUCAGAAUUCUUGAAAUAUAUGUCGAAUGAUCUUAAAACCACAGAUGUUCUGGAUCGUUGCUUCAUGGAGCUGCUGAAGACCAUAAACAGCAGUCUGAAUGAUUUGAAGAAACUGCAGCAAAAAAUAGAACAGCAAAAGAAGAAACAGCAACAGCAGAAGAAGCAGCAACAGAAGCAACAGCAGUUGCAAAAACAGCCAGAAGAUUAUAUUCAAGCGCUGAUUGCAUUGGAAACAGAACUUAAAAAUAAACUGUCUAUACUUGGUCUGAUGCCAUCAUCAUCUUUGGCAGAGGUACUGAAGCAAUUGAAGGACAAAGCAUUAAAGCGAGCGGGACUGACUGAAGAAAAAUUGCAAGAGCAGAUUGAGCAGAGAAAUGUCGCAAGGAAGAAUAAGCAGUUUGAGGUAUCUGAUGGAAUCAGGAAAAACCUUGCUACCAAGGGCAUCGCCCUAAUGGACGAACCUUCUGGUACAGUGUGGAGACCAUGCGAACCAGAGUGGUCUGAAUAA